AUCGAUAUAACAUUCUACACCCUGUUCGACUGGACUACACAGGGGCUUGGUCUAAAUGCAAGUUAGGAUCACCUAGAAAAAUAACCGGUGGAUGGACAACUAAAGUCCCAUCUCAUCCUUCUAAUAGGAAAAAAAAAUAAAAGCUAGAGCAUCUAGAGAUCUAGGCAAAGAUAGAUCUAGUAGAACAUUUGAAAUAAUAAAAAUUUUCAUGAGAGAAAUUAACGGAUUUUAAUAAGAAUUGUCUUGUCUUCAAAGAUCCAGUGUUCGCCUGCAUAACAGAGCAACACUAUGGUAUCUCUAAUCCUUUUGGUGUCGGCACUGCUCCCUCUUGUGACUGUGGGGCAGACCCUGUUGCAGAAGACAUGUUCCGCAGACAACCAGGCUACCAUACAGCGUGACGCCACAGCCUGGAUUGGUGGCGUCAUAUCCCUCAAUGAGAAGCGCAGCAGCGAUGGCGGAUGUGGGGACUCUGAUGGAUCAAUGCAGGGGUAUGAAGCCUUGAGGUGGGUACUUGACCUGUUGAACAAGAAGAAUGAGACCAUCCAAACACAGUGGGUGGAUGAUUAUUAUGUUCCUGGCAUUCGACUGGGUAUGAAGGUGAGAAACUACUGCAACAACCAACUGACUGCUGUGUCCAGCAUUGGCUCCAUCUUCCCUGAGUUGAGUGAUGAUCAAGCAUCCUGCUCUCAAGCACAGACUAUAAAUCUAGGUAUCAUUGGAGCAUCUAGGUCAGGUGACACCAUUGAGCUAGCAGAAGCUGCAGAGGGCUACAAGAUACCAGUGGUCUCCUACCAGGCCACCACCCCUUCCCUGACCCUCUCUGGUCAGCACCCUAACUUUAUGAGGACUGUCUCCCCUGACGGACCAUUGAUGGAGGUUAUAGUGAAAGUGUUCAAGCAGCUGAACUGGAACUAUGUGGCUGUUGUGUAUGACAAGGGCUCCUACGGUUCCCUGGGCUACAAGGAGCUCCACACCAGGAUGGUGGCUGCUGGCAUCUGCUUGACCACAGCCAUCAUGGUUGAUGCCUACGACAGUUCCACCACCACUGACACUCUCAACAAGAUCAUUGGCACCAAUGCUACGGGUGCCGUAUAUGUGGGCCCAUAUUCAUACGCCAUAUCUCUGCUUCUACAAGGAAAUGCAAUGAAACCCGAUGCAGGCAAGAUUCAGUGGAUACUGACAGAAUUCCCACUGGACUACGUGUUUGAUUCCACCAGCACCUACCAGAGAGGUGUGCUCUUUGUCUCAGCUGCCUCCAGAUAUAUUGCUGAGUUUGAGGACCACUGGAUUAGGCUCAAUGAGACCAACCCAUCAGAUGAGAACCCUUGGUUUUCUAGGUGGUUUGAGGAUAGCAAGAACUGUAAAUUCAAUCCAACUUCUAGCUCACAGAGCAACUGUAACAGUAUUUAUGCAGGGAUGACUGCCACAGAAAAAGAGCUGUUAAAAAGAGCCAAAUAUCAACAAGACCAGUAUGUGGAGGCUGCAGUAAUGUCUGUGUUCACGUAUGCACGUGCACUGCGUACGGCCCAGAAGGCCAAAUGUCCAGGUGUUUCUGGUCUAUGUUUUGCACUGAAGAACAUGACACGAGAAACUUUCUACAAUGAUUACCUUAAGAAGGUGAACUUUACAUUCACAUCUGAUGAACGAGUUCCCACCCUGGCCUCCAACAAUGUUCCACCUUACAACGCGGCCAAACGUCUGAGCUUUAACUCCUUUGGUGACAUCUCUGACCCGUCCUACUACAUCUGGAACUACAACGACAUUGAGACUGGCUCUGGAUCAUCAGACUUCCAGUUCAGACGUGUUGGAAGCCACAUCAACGGCAAACUGGAUUUCAAUUUGAAUAAUGUGGGCAUGUACUCCAAUGAUAGAAUGACCAGGCUCCUCCCCCUCCCCUCCUCCCUGUGCCCCUCCGCAGGGUGCAACCCUUGUCUAGGACUUCCUGCUGAACUCAAGUAUUAUUACGAGCCCGGCAGUGUUGUCAUCAAUGGCAUCUUCUCCCUGCACAACAUGGGGCUGACUAGCCUCACCUGUGGUGCAAUGAAGUCAGCCAACCAUUUCAUGUACCUGGAGGCCAUGAUCUACGCCAUCAGACAGGCCAAUGCCAAUGUCACCUACUCAGGUAAAUUCAAGUUUGGUGGCCUGGGCAUGGAUGACUGCAGCAGCUCAGAUCUAGGCCAGACCUACAUAGCUCAGGUACAAAGAGGCAAUCUAAAAAUAACUGACACAACAGGAAAUGUGUUGGAUCCCCGCACCAUUGAGGCCUACACAGCAGCACACACCACACAGCUGACCCUCCCACUGGCCGAGGCCAUGAACAUGCUCCUACGGCCAAUGGUUGGAUACAGGGCCGGCGGAUCAGAGCUGGAUGACAAGAGCAGGUAUCCGUACUACCUGCAGGCAGGACCCAGCACCAGGGAUGAGAUCAAGGCUAUAAUAAUGAUGUUGAAGAAACUCAAGUGGAUGUAUGUUCAGGCUGUAGUGUCUGACCUCCACUACUCUGUCGAUGCCUUAAAGCUGCUCCGUGAGCUGGGAGCCAAAGCAGGAAUUUGUGUUGUUGCCACCCACAACAUCGGCACCACCAGCGAUGGUGUGAAUGCUGUGAUCAACGGCUUGAAUGCCAAUACAGCCACGGCCCCCGCUGUUGUCCUGCUGGAACCAGAGGACUCCAGGCGUCUGCUGGCGGGGCUCAGCUCCAACACUGCCCUGCGCAGAAAUAUUGCAUUGAUUGGCACCAGCCGCUGGGGGCGGGACAUGUCUGUUGUGAAAGGAUAUGAAGAUAUUGCUGAAGGGCUGAUCACUCUCAGUGUCCACUCCUCCACGCUGGACAAGUUCAGAGCUUACCUGUCUGAUCUGAAUGCCAACAACUACACACUGAACCCCUGGUUCAAAGAGUGGUACAUGGCCGCCUAUAACUGCACCACAGUGGCCCAGAGUGGAAUGAGUCUCUGCAGCUUCACAUCUCCCAUAACAUCUGGGCCAAACUUCAACAUGCUCUAUGAGGUGGAAAAUGUGAUCAAUGCUGUGACAGCAAUAGCCUAUGGUCUAGACAGUACACUGAGGUUUUACUGUGGCAACAGCUACCAGAGCAUUUGUGGGGCCUUCUUAAACUCUGCUGAUAAAGGGGCCAGGUUCCUGGCAGAGAUUAAAAAAGUCACGUUUCCAAUUGAGGACAAGUCUGCACCUAACACUUUCAAGUUUGUCGGGGGGUCUGGCGCCGUACCUUUUGAAAUCAACAACUUCCGUAGCAAAAACUACCAGAAGGUGGGUGAUGUGGACCCAUGGGAGAAGACUCUAACCCUUUCAACCAUUAAGCUCUACGCUAAUGCAGAUCCUGUGGCUACCAUGUCAAUGUGCCCCACCCCCUGUCUGGAAUGUCUGUACAUGUUUUAUUACCUAGACUACUGGUAUAUACCUGGAGAUGUGGUCAUUGGGGCAAUAUUUGACAUCCACUACUCAGGCAAUGGGCCAUUCAGCUGUGCUGACAUCACACUCAACAAUGGCGCCAUGUAUACAGAGGUCUUCGACUUCGCUCUGAAAAAAAUUAACAGCGGAACAGAAAGUGUCAGGUUAAGAAAUGUCACCCUCGGAGGGUUGGCGUUUGAUGGUUGUGCCAACCCCACAAGAGCCACGGCUAUUGUCAACCUGGUCCACACUGGCAUGCCAAUCAUGGACGCAUCAGGCAAUGAGUUCAGCAGUUCACAGCUGGUGUCGUGGAUGACCUACGACAGCCAGACCACCAUCGACACCGCGGGUCUGCUACAAAAACUGGACAUGCCCAUCAUCAGUCCUGGAGCCACCGCCAGGGCUCUGGACAACAAAAAUAAUUUCUUCACCUUCUUCAGGACUAUCCCCUCUGACUCUGUCGUCGUUAGAGGCAUGGCCAAUUUCGCUAAUGCUAUGGGAUGGAAAUACGUCAUUGUCUUGAAUGCACCUGACACUUCUAAUCGUCAAUCCAGAGAUUACUUCCGAGAGCUGCUAGCCUCAUACGGUAUCUGUGUUGUGGCGUCGUACGAGUUUGUAACAGACGGAUCCAUGGGGGUGAUCCUUGACUCCAUCAUGAAAGCUGACACACAAGUGGUGGCAGUCUUUGCAGAGCCUAACAGAUACAUCGCUGAAUUUCUGCAAGCCAAGUCUGUCAACUAUUACCAAGCUCCCCUGAGAUUUAUCGCCAACCGCCCGUGGGGUCAAGUGGUCAAGACUGGCUUAACUUUCAAUUACCAAGUCCAGCAGUCAGUUUUCUUUGACCUGCCCCAGUUUACGGUCUCAGCUUUCACAAAUUUCUUGAGUGCUAAAUCUGUCUUGAGCAACAGCAACCCAUGGUUCCAGGAGAUCUACUCGGCUGUGUUUGCAUGCAACUUGCCUGGUUCCUACAAGUAUGUAACAGACUGCAAUGCAAAUAGGGUUAUAGACAGCAACAGCUGGUCUCAGGACAUCUGGACACUGUCCACUGUUAAUGCCAUCUACGCAGUGGCUGAAGGUGUCCACAGAACACUGGUGAUGAAGUGUGGAGCUAACUACAAUGGCGUCUGCUCCAACUUCACCUACGGCAGUGACGUCCACGACCUGAUCAUGGCCCAGAUGGACCAGGAGAGUUUCACUGAGAUAGAGAGGGCUGUUUUUAACUUUGUUGUCAGGGAGGCAAACAAGACCUACAGCCUGAUGAGAUACCCUAGCAGUGGAUCCCCUGAAAUGCUGGGCAGCCUGGAUGGCAAUGGGACCUUGACCUUGGUUGACAAGACCCGACUGUUGAGUGAUUACAAGGCUGUAAAAUCUGCUUGUGCCGGGGACUGUCUGGUGUGUAGUGCUGCUAAUGCCAACCUGCAGGAUAUUACCCUCAUUCCUGGAGAUUUCUACAUUGUUGGUCUGUUUGAUGUCCACCUGCCUGGAGCCACACCUUUCACCUGUGGCGCCAUCAACCCCAAGCAUGGCCUGCAACUGCUGGAAGCUUUUCAUUUUGCUCUGGAAUAUGUCAACAACAAGACCGGCUAUUUUAAGGACAAACUGCCCAAUGUCCAGCUAGGUGGCGUUGGCCUGGACAUGUGCAUGUCCGCAUCCAGGGCGGCCAACCUUGUGGCCAACAUCCACAGUGGGAACAUCGUGCUGAAGAAGAACGGCAUCACUGUAGACUCGAGGAUGAUUGACGCAUACAUUGCCACCAUGGACACGGAGUCUAGCACACGUGUUGCUGACAUUCUUACACAGCUGGGGAUACCUCAGAUAAGUUAUGGAGCCACAGGCAUGGAUCUGCUGGACAGGACCAAGUACAACUACUUCCUGCGCUCAGUGCCUGCUGAUGACAAGCAGUGCAGGGCCAUUGUCUCCUACCUCAAGAAGUUCCUCUACAACAACAUCCAGGUGAUUACGUCAUUUGAUGAAAUAGGUGAGCCAGGUGUCAAGGAGUUCAAGAGACUUUCCUUUGUCAACAAGAUCUGCAUCACCAAGGAGUAUUUGGUGGGAGAGGGGGGAAAUGUGGCGGCCGACGCCCCAGGUGUUAUAAAGUCUAUUGGAGCCAGGAAAGAUGCUCAGGUGGUGGUGCUGUGGAUGAAGGAUCCUCUCCCCUUGCUUGAGGCAGCCAGCAGUGAUGACACCAUCAGCAGUACCUUCCUGUUUAUCGCCACGGACAAGUGGGGCGCUGACGCAGACUACCUGGCCAACCCCAAACUCUUUAACCUGCUCAAGUACAGAAACCUGGUCAUUCUGGACGUGGAGACAGCUGAUGUGCCAGACUAUGAUCGCUAUCUGGAGUUCAAAACACCCAGCAACUAUCUGGCCAACCCUUGGUUCAAAGAUUUCUUUGAGAACCUACAGAACUGCUACUGGGACUCCCCUAGUGGCACACGUCUGGUCAAAUGUGACCCUAGCUCCACCAUACCGCGUGCUGAUAACUACGUCCAGGACUCAUACGUCUUGUAUGUUAUCAAUGCUGUCUUCUCCGCUGCCAUGGGCAUACACAACGCCAUCAAGUCUGUCUGUACGAGUAACACAGGUGCCUGCAACUUGUACGUAACUAGUGGUGAGAGGCGGCAAAAAGUUUUAACUGGCAUCCUCAAUGUCAACUUUACAGAUGACACCCACCAGCCCUUCUACUACACUGAAGAUGGCCAGAGUUCCAGAGGUUUCCAUGUCUACAACGUCACCUACACAGCUGAUGCCAACAAACUCACACAGAGUGACUUUAGGUACCAAAAUGUGGGUUCCUAUAAUGACACCCAUUUCCUGAAGCUGGACAUCACCUAUGAGACCAGGUUCUCCGCCUCAUGUGACGCCCCAAGAACUGAUUCCAAUGUAGCCGACUGUGUCUGCCUGUUCCCAACAGACCUGCCAUCCAGGUUCAUGAAAAAAGAUGACGGGGGACGAGGCUUGAGCGUGGUUUACAUUGGGGAUGUACACCAACCUCACCCAACCAACCCACUGGCUUGUGGGGCUAUCAACACUGGUGUGGAACUUCAGAAGUUGCUGGCAUUUUUCUACGCUGUUGAUCGCAUCAACACCAACAGCAACCAGAACCUUCCUGACUACAUCAGGCUGGAUGGUUUGGCCCUAGACAGCUGCACUCAUGCUUUGAGGCUUGGCCAGGAUGUGUACAACGUCCUCAGUGGCAACCAGCUGUGUGACUCUGACGACUACGGCCUCCUCAUCCCCCCUGCCUCCAUCGUGGCUUUUGUCAUAGACAAAGAUUCCAACACGCUGCCGGUCAGCAGCAUGCUCCUGCAGGAGAAGAUCACCAGUAUAUCUCCCACUGCUGGCAGUGCUCUGCUGAGUGACAGGAUUCUCUACCCUUACUUCCUGCGCACCAGGGGAGACAACCUACUCACUGCCCAGAUUAUCCUCAAUGUUGCCCAGCAGGCCAAGUGGGACUACCUCAGUGUCCUGUACUCAGACUCACUGGCAUAUCAGGGAGCUAAAGAGUCUCUCCUAGACAGUUCAGAAGAUCUUGGGGCUUGUGUGGGGGAUGCCGUGCCACUCCCCAUGAAUGCUACACUAGCUGACGCUGAACUGGCAUUAAACAGAAUCAGUCAGCAGGUUGGAGCCCGGGGUGUUGUGCUGUUUGUGGAGCCCAACCACCUGAAACUGCUGAUGCAGGCCACACAGUCUCUUGGUUUGACUGGCAGAUUUGUCUGGGUCCUGCCCUAUGACUUUACAACUGAUCCAAACUUUCUGCUGGGCUAUGAGCAGGAGCUGGCUGGGUCUCUCAUUAUUGAGCCUCGCUCUGCUUUUGUGGAUGACUUCAAGAGAUACCUCAAGAACAACCUGAGCUACAAGAACAAAGCUGUCAGCAAGAUCCCAUCUGAUUGGUUCCAGGAGAUCUACGAGACCCUCCACCAGUGUAAUAUCCUGGACAUUGAGAAGCCAAGUGUGAUGAAGUACUCCAAGAUCUGCACCGGGGAUGAGGACAUCUCAGAUGCCAUGAUACCCCAGGACCCCAGCAUUCUGCAUGUCAUCAUCAGCGUCUACUCCAUCGCCUUUGGGCUGACCCGGGUGGAUGAAUGCAAGGCCGCCACACUGGACAUUGCUGCCUGCCUGCAGCUACUGCCCAACAGGAAUGACCUCAUCUACCAGGGCAUAUCUGGCGUCUAUUUUAGGGUGCUGCCAGAGCUACUGGGAGACCAGAGCUUCUUCUUCCAGUUUGACCAAAAUGAAAAUGGAAAUGCUGGUUAUGUAAUCAAGAACUACCAAGUUAGCCCGGUAGCCCCCAACCCUUACAUUGCUAGGGAGAUUGGAACGUACACAACAAAAGGACUAGACAUCAACCUAGGCCAGUACGCCGCAGGGAACCUGUAUAGUCGAGGCUCUGUACCUGCGUCUCUCUGUGCUGCAGGCACGGUGUGUACAUGUCAGCUGACCAGUGACAGGAGCUGGAAGUACCAGCCUGUGUCUAUAUCUGAUCCUGACAGUGUCAAGGUGGGAGGUAUUUACAUCGACCCCGCCACCAACCAACAGGUCAAAGUUGAGAGUGUGCCAGCCAUUGGAGACAGAUUCCCUCAAGCCUGGGCCAUCAUCCUGUCCGUCCUGGCUGCCCUGGGUGCUGCUAUCUCUCUGGGGAUCUUCAUCUACCUGCUGAUCAUGUACCCCGUGCGUGGCGGCACCUCCAUCCUGGGCUACAUCCUGUCCUUUGGCAUCAUCUUCCUCUACCUCAUGGUCUUCCCCUUCAUCGCACACGCCGAGGAGAGAAUGUGUGGACUGAGGAGGUUCGGCCUAGGUCUGGUCUACGCUAUAGUGUACUCAGCCCUUAUGGUCAAGCUGGUAGACUGCUGGAGGGUGCGGGGGAAAGAUGACACAUACAGUGCCAAGUACAGCAAACUGGGUCGCCCGGUUGGCCUUUUCCUGGUCACUGUCUUCUUUGUCCUGGUACAGGUGAUCAUCAACACAGAGUGGCUGAUCCUGGAACCCCCCACAGUGACCAGAAUCUUCUACAACAACCAGUACUGGCCUCGCUGCUCACCUGAUGACUUCUAUGAUGAAGGCCUGGUGCUCUCUCUUGUCUACAUCAUGGUCAUCAUAUUCUUCUCUCUCAUUGUUGGCCUCUUAUCAUACUCAUCGAGCAAGAACCACCGUGAGGCUCGCUGGAUACUUGGCAUCCUGAUUCUAAGUGUGCCCUGCUGGGUCAUCUGGUGCUCUGUGUCCAUCAUUGGCGCCAUCAAGGUGCGGGACGCUGCCGUGUGUGUUGGGCUGCUGGUGAACGCCACAGUGAUGCUGGUGAUGGUGCCGGUCAGGAAGUUGUACCUGCUGCACACCUACAACGCCAUGAUAGAGGUGGAGGAGGAGCAGGCGGACACCAGGAGUCAUCUCAAUGGCAGCCAUAAAGGUGGUGACCACAGCUCCGUGGUGUAUGGAAGACAGUAUGACAACAACCCAAGACUACAUGAUAGAGACUCACAACUCUACAGUAAAGGUGACUUUUAGUUGAAUGAUGAAGGUGAAGUUUUGUGAUCUCGUCUCAACUUUGGGUUUGUUUGUUUUGAUAUGCAGCAGGAUUUUGUUUUUAGAAUACAAUUUCCAUUCUGUAUGAAAUACAAUUCUGUUUUUGGGCUUUAGAAACAAAAGAAGAAAAUUUGAAAUGAUGAUGAUUUACUUUUAUUAUUUUAUUUCCUAAUAUGUUAAAAAAUACUUACCGUACAAACAUAUUAAAACUGUUAUCUUUUAUGAUUGAUAAUAAUUUAUUAAGUAGAAUUAUCCUAUGCAAAAAGUUGUUUUAUAUGAAAUAUUGAUUGUUGCAGCCUACAAACUGUAUGACACAAAGUAUGUUGUUUUGUUUGUUUGUUUUUUGCUUUUUACAAUGUAACUAUCAGAUAUCCCAUUUUUUAAGGUUCUGUGUGUGAUGGAUAAGUGAUAAAUGUAAAUGUGUGCUACAGUCUUUAUUAAAAUGUGUCUGUAGCUGUUUGUGUAAACAUGCCAGAUUUUUCUGAGUUUUUUGGAAAAUUAGACUUCUAAUGUAUUUCAUAAUCCAACUUAGCUCCACAUAUUGAUGUCAGAAAGUAUGUUUGAACAAGAUUUACUUAAAAAAUUGUUGGUCUACAGAUGUAGUUUAAAAAAAAAAUAUUAUUAUAUACAGUUACCAGAGAGAAUCUGGAUUUAAUGAUUAACUUUUCAUGUUUGUGUCAAAAAAUUCAUUUUAUUUUUUUAACAUUUGUUAACUGUUAGUACUUUUAUAGGCAAAUUGUCAUCUCUGUUUACAUCUGUUUUGUAAUGAACUCUAUUGAAGAAUUAAAAUACUGAUUGCUCAAUACUUUCACAAUUUUAUGAAAUUAAAAUUUUGGGAUCUAUUGGGUUAAAAUUCUGUAAUCUGUUAAACCUGAUAAAAUGGUUUUAGAAUUUAAAGACCCACUUUUUGUAUGAGUUCAUGAAAAGUUUUAAAAAGUAGUAGUUAAAAUAUGUAACAAUUUUGUAUGUGAUAUACUUUCAUUUCUAAAAGAAAAACGUGUAUAUUUUUAAAAUUUCAGCUUUUAGUUAUCCUAAUUCUUUUUAUAUUAUUGUAUGUCAUUUCUAUUUAAACAAAAAAUGUCCUAUACAUAAGAAUAUUUUUUUUCCAUUUGUAUUUCAACUGUUUCUGGUGUAAUGAUGUAAAGAGACCUCCAUCUUGUGCACACCAGUCUUUGUAAAUAUAAACUGACUCAGCUUUUGUUUACACAUUAGGUUUGUAUAGCCACUUUCAUCAUCUUUUGUACUGUUACAGAAAAAUAUAUUUAUAAAUAAUAUAUCGAUAAACCA